UAGCGCCCGUUGACAACGUUGCCGCCGCCGCCGCCGCCCUGGGCCUGAGGGUGAAGGUGAGGGUGAGAGAUACGGCGCAGAAACAAACUCCACCGCUGCUCUAAUCUCCAAAGCUGCUGCUGUACGGGUUCCUCAGGGGUUGAGGGGAUGAGGCCUGGGUGGAGACAACCACCACCCCUCUGGACAGCAGGGUCUUUGUGGGCCGAGCGGCCGCUGCCCGCAUUGCCUUUCGCAUUCCCUCCCCAGACCAUCGCACAAACCCGCCUCCUGUCCAUUGACUGCAUUUACACUCACGCUGCCACGGCAAGGCCAACAAUAAUAAGCAGGGCUGCCAACAUUGGGGUCAACGCCAUGCUGAGGAAGGUGGCCGGGGCCGCGGCGUCCAAACCCCUGGUGGAGAUACGCCAGGACGGCGACCACUUCUACAUCAAGACGUCCACCACGGUGAGGACCACCGAGAUCACCUUCACCGUCGGCGAGGAGUUUGAGGAGGAGACGGUGGACGGCAGGAAGUGCAAGAGUCUGCCAAAGUGGGAAAAUGAGAACAAAAUCUACUGCAAGCAAACUCUCCUCAGCGGCAGUGGGCCUAAAACGCAUUGGACACGGGAACUGAAGAACAACGAGCUGAUCCUGACGCUGGUUGCCAACGAAGUGGUAUGUACGAGGAUCUACGUUAAAGAAUAACAACACGCCCAUCCAUUCACGCGGGGAAAGCCCACUCGCUGCAGAAGCACCUCCUUGUGCAUGGUGUAUCAAGUUAUUGAUGCCAAACUGUGACAUUCCAAGUUUUUAUUUAGUGUAACUGUGUUUGAUUUAAAGUUGUGAAAUCUCUUUCAUGUCUGUAAUAGUGAAUGUGUGAAUCAGAUAGAUUAUUUAGUGUAUGGCUUCUCACUUGGUUUUAGUCUUUUGUAUUUCUGACUUAGAUCUGCCAAGCACCUGCCCAUGCCAGCGAAUGUAUCACAUGCUCAAGCUGUUGCCUGUAUCUCUGUAGCUUCUUGAAGAGAUAUUGGAUUGCUCAUUUCCAAAAGAUGAUUGAAAUUGUGUGGAAACGGAGUGAAUCUGAUAAUAAAAUCAAGAAGAAAAUGAA